AUGGCACUCACCCAACUCCUCCCCAUCAUUCUCCUCCUCUCACUAGCGGCAGUCCACUCGACGACUGCCAACGAACUGCCGAAACCGGCUGAGAAGGUCCUUGAUGUGGUGGUGGAAGGGGUGGUGCACUGCCAGAGCUGUGGCAACUACGGUACGUGGGCCCUCUCCAAAUCCAAGCCCAUCGAAGGUGCCACCAUCAGCGUUAUCUGCAAAGAUCACAGGAAUCGAGUCAGCUUCUACAAAGCAUGCAAAACCGCUAAAAACGGCUACUUUUACGCGCAGCUUAAAGGGUUCGUGAUGAGCCACUCUUUCUUGGAUCAUCCAUUACAUGCAUGCAAAGUGAAACUGGUUUCUUCUCCAAUCACAACAUGUAACCUUCUUACAAAUGUCAAUUACGGACUCUAUGGGGCCCCACUUCGUUAUGAAGACAAGAAAAUUGUCGGAACUAACUACGAGGCUAUUGUAUAUGCCGCUGGACCGUUGGCUUUUCGUCCUGCUACUUGUGCUCCUAAGUCCUAA